AAUACUGAUCAGUGAGCACACACUCAUACAGUCAUACAUCAGCGAUCGUUGCAGUACAUAUUUUAUUACAUACAAGCUCGGUAUGCAUUGAUUGAAAAAAAAUAUGUAUUGUUUCCUCCAUCAGUUAAUUAAACUCUCAAGUGCUAACGAAUACACUUUCAAUAGUGAUACUAAUUAUAAAUAAUAAAUAUAUAAGUAGGUAAAUAAUUAGAUAUAUAUUUAUAUAUAUAUGUUGAAAAAAAAACUCGAGUGCUCCACAAACAAGUGAUUUUUUUUUAUUUUUUUAUUUUAAUUAAUUAUUUGAAGAUCUGCUGAAAAAUUAGUGGGCGGAAUUUGGAAAUUCAAAUAUUCAAAAUGACUUCGCUAAAUGACGCUGAUAUUUUAAAUAAACUGGAGAAAAAUAUAUCAGCUAAUGAUGAAAUUUGUAUUCUAACCUACAUAAACAGUGAUAACAAGAGGAUAAAUUUAUUCAAAACGAUGACUGAUAACCAGUAUUUAGAAUUAUGUAAAUUAAUAAUUAAUUUUACGACAAGUGAGCAUGAAAAUGAGUCACUCAAACAAUCAUGUGGUAAAUUAUUAAAUAAUUUAUUGAAUCACUCACAUAGAAAAAUUAAUUUUUUCAAUUUAUCAUUGACGUUUGAUCGUAACAAAAGACUGAAACUCUUUGAAUUAAUAAAAACUAUCGAAGACAAACAACUGACGAGACUCAUUGAGGAUCAAGACACCUGUAAGUUUCUAAAUGACUGCUUGAGAGAAGUCGAUGCUGUCAAAAUGGAGUGGCUGUCACCCACAGCCUGUACUGAUAACAUUUCGCUGCUGAUACAGGCAGAGAAAAAACCGAGUGACUUUGAAGAUCUGCUGAUUUACAGUACUCUGGAGUUCAUCCAUCGGCUGUAUGGAUACUCGCUGACAAACUCAUUGGCUAUACAGCAGUUCCACCAGCUGCUACUAGACAAAGUAGUGACACUUCUGUACAUGGGUCAUAAAAAGCAGCGAACUCCGUCAAUAAAUCUCUUCACCACAGCCUUGAAGACGGACAUCCGCAGCUACAUCCAACAGAACCAUGAGGAAACCUGGACUAUCUACCGCAGCAACCUCCAGAACGUCUACUGCACCCGUAUGCUGUCGCUGGUAAAAGCCAGUGAACCCGACUGGUGGUUCCAGUGGUGCCUCAGCAUCCAAGCUCUAGGAACGGACCUCCAUCGCGGCGCAGAUUUGAUAAAUAUUCUCCUCAGCGUCGAAGAACGGGCCUUCAAAUCCCCCGACAUGUCCCUCAGGAUCCAGGCCUUCAGAGCCUGGAAGCUGCUGAUAGAAAAUUUCGCGCUCGAUCCAACUCAGCUGGCGAUUCCGCGGCGGAUAAAACUGCUCUGCAUUCCCCUGAACGCGAACAACAACAAGACGGAGUCUAUAGCCCUGGCCAAGUUCGAAGUCUGGCGGUACUUGAUAAUAAAACUCUGCUCGAAGCCUGACAAGUCUCUGACCCAAGUGGUGACCCAGUUCCUGAACUUCUGCUUCGGGCCACUGGGUGACACUCCGCUGCUGUCAACAAAAUCGGGGAUCCAGUCGUCCCCGGGGAAGCGAUUCAUCAAAGCCCGCAAGUGGGCCGUGGACUCUCUGCUCCAGCUGUUGGUCUCCAAUCCCCAGGAACGUCUCGCGGUCACCGUCGACUACAAGGAAAAUAUCCCGGCGAUAACUCAGGAACUUUUCCAGGAAAGUUUCAAGAGUUACAUCCACAGCGCUGGGGAAGCCUGUCUGCUGAUCAACGACUCCGAGUGCGUCUUCGAGAACCGGAAGACACUGAACCGCAUCCUCUGGCAGUCACUGGUCGGCUUAAUAAACCAGUCUACUGAUGAACUGAAAGCCAAAAUGUACAGGGAGUUGAUUCUGAUAAUUGGCGAGGUGAUAAAUCACAUAAAAGUCCGCGACGAGUUGACCAGUAGUCUGCUGCUGGACAUAAUCGUGCCCGAGCUGGUAAAAGUAAUCGAGCACUUGCUGUACCGCGACCAGACAUUGAUGGACCUGUUGGUCAAGCUCCUGGACCCCGAGUUCCUCACCCACGGGAACGGCGGACUCAAGUCCCUGAUAGUUCACGCCAUCAAACCGGAAGCUGUCACUUCAUACCAUCCAGCGUCUUUGCCAUUCAUCAGAUCCAUCACCCGGCAAAUGGAGUCGCUGACCAGCAAUGAAAAUCUCAGCAGUUUCAUCAUCGAGCUCUGGUCCGAAUUAGCAGAUCUGCUGGUAAAAUUCAUCUCCAGCAACCAGUCGAUCAACGAAGGAACUGCGCUGGCCCACAAUUUUGACACCACGUACUCCCUGCUGCUCUUUCCAGUAAAAAGCAAGUGGAUCAACGAGCAAGAUGUCAAUUAUCUGGUGAAGAUCAGCCGCAUAUGGAAGGAACUGUACGCGCAUUUUAAUAUCGCCGCUGAUUUGGUGGCAACUGUCAAGAACAACGAAGUCCUGGACCACGUGGCUGAUGCCCUGCUGGCGUUAAUCAGCUCACAAGGCGCAGAAAAAUUUUCCUACAGGUUCGUCUGCUUCAUAUUCGAGGCCUUGAUGAACACGAUUCAUUACGCCGACUUUCUGGCUCUUGAGGAAGUGCCCAGUCUGCUGCUGCUGCUCCGCGAUGUCACUCAGGCAGCCCUGGAACAGGUCACGCACGUCAGCGAAAUCGAGUGCAGCCUGAAGACGAUGGCCUCCUUGCUGAUUACCGUCUACGGGUUGAACCAGAGCCAGGCCCGCGUUCAUCUGAGUGUCCUGAGACCUUGCGUCGAGUCGAUGCUAAAAAUAAACACCGAGUGCAUCAAGGAAAUUGUCACCACCUGGGAAACGGUCGUCAUAAUCCUGAGAGGUCUCUCCGGUUCUCUGACCUGCGAGUUCGUGAGCUCGUACCGCGAGGCUCUGGAUGUCGCUCUCUGUCACCCGAAUCAUGAGAUCGCCGCCCAGACGAUGAGUUUCCUGGACAUCCGGUCGAGCUGCGGUGAUGAAAUCAAGCGGAUUCUCGAUGAAGUGGAGGCUGAAGCCCAGAAGAAUGUCAAUUGUUCAGGUGGUAAAAGUGACGAGACGGAAAAGAGACCCGUCAAAGUCGCGGGAAGUUUUCUCGCCAGGAGGUCUGGGGUAAAAGCCGGUAAGAAGGGGAAAGAAAAACGGGUGGCGCCAGUUCCGCCUGAACCAGACUCACAGGAUUAUGUUCUGAUUCAAAAUGAUGUAAAAGUUAACGUCAACUUGUUGACGGAACAUCAGAAGGAAUGUUUCAAGCGUCGACGGGACGACAUACCCGCGAUGUACAACGACCUCUCGCAAUCUGGGUCCCGGAACACUCAGGAAUUGGAAGAGUGGUUCAAAAAUAAAGCCGGUGGUUCAACGGAAGCGACGGAUGACAAUAAAGAAAAUAAAUUGCGCGAGGAAGCUGUCAAAGAGAGCGAGGAAACUCUUGUUGAUAAAACCGAAGAGCUGAGUCCGGAUGUCGGUGAUAAGAUCGACGAGCCGGUGUCAGUUUGCGCUGUAAAGAAACUUAACUUUGAAUCCCGCGAUGAGUUUCCGGACGAGAAUGAAAACACGCAGGAGAAAGACCUGACCAAGUCGGAGAUGAGAUUAAACAGGAGGAAGCCGAGUCGCGUGACGAGGAUUUACGCCAAGGAGCGAAGAGAAGAUGCCAGAGAGUCUAGAGAAUCGGAUGGUAGAAGAGACGGCAGGAGCAAACGCGGACGCAGACGUGGCGGGAGAUCCAGACUGAGUACCGAGCGGGAAAAUUUAAAACGCAAAGCGGACUCGGAAGAGUUCGCUGAUGUCAAGAGACGCAGGCACUCGGCUCCGCAUCCAGCAGAUCUCCAAAGUGAUACUGAAAGUUUUUGCUCGAAUGACAGCGAGAAAUCUUCGCCUACUGACGGAAGCAGCGGCAGCGGAAGCGUAAACAGAACUGGAGUCUCUCAGAGAACCAGGAAAGAAAUGUCCCGGCUGAAGAUCGACAUGGUCUUCGACAGCCAGAACAAGAGUAAGCUGCGCAAUAAAUCUUCUGACGAGCAGCGCAAGAACAGCGACGACUUUGUCUAUGAGAAGAUGAACAAAAGGCACUCGCUGGAUCCCUACAAGUUGAUGCGGAAGACCACCAGGAGCAGCGGGGACGCGAUGCUGGUUGAGCAGCAGAGUCUAGGACAAGUUCGUCGCAAACGCAAGCGCGAUCUGGGUGCUAAAGAUUCAGAUAAAAAUCAGGGACAAGAAGAUUUCAAGUUCCGGAGUCCGUUGUCCAGUCCCUCGACCUCGACUACUUCUAACUCGACCGCCGAGCGGCAGGAUGACGACGACGUCAUCGAAAGCUCACAGGAUUUGUGCUCCGUCAGGUCUCCCAGGCGUGAUAAGAAAAUUGACAUGACCUGCAGCCAAGUGUCCGCUAGUCCUAUUAAAUGUGAAGCUCCUGGACCAGCAUCUCCAGUUACAGCGGAUCCAUCUCCAAUAAAAUCCGAAUCUCCAGUGAAACCAACAUCUCCAGUCAAGGUCACAGUCUUUCCUGUAAAACUGCCGUCUCCAGUGAAGUCUAGUCUAGAAGACACCACAGAAGUCAUCAAAGAGACAGUCGAUGAGUCAAAGACAAUAAAUUAUUCAUCACCCAAAAGUGUAAAACGUCUGGCGAAAGUCAAAUUAUUCACACCAGGACGCGGCGCUCACAUGCUGGGACUGGUCACCAAACUAGGGAUCCCUGACAGCAACGAACCUGACGAAGACAAAAUGUCUAGAGUAACGAAACCCAAAGAAACCGAACUGGAGGCGAUUAAGAAGGAGCGGGUGAAAGAUAUCGGGAGUCCCAGUGGCAGCAGACAGGAAAAAAUAUUCAGUAACAUGAAGUCCGGUGACUAUUUGCUGUCUCCGCCUACUAAAUUAUUCAGUAACCUGAAGAACGACGGGGAAAAAAUAUCACCCAAGAUGGAGAAGACAAAAGACGUUGGUAAAACAGACCACGAUUACGCGGAAUUAAAGGAAGUUGACGAUCUGCCGAUUCUCGAAUGGUCUAACGCUAAUCCGCCUUCGCUGACAGCUUCUCCAAGUGCUGGGAUCCUCAAGAGACGCGCGGCCAGUCUCAGUACCGCGAAUGUCACCAAUAACGUCAACAAUACCGCGGGAAAUUCGUUGGCUGAAGAACCGGGAAAUGAAAAGCGGAAGCGCGUGAGUUUCGCCGACCCCCCGGUCUCCAAAGAAAUGGGCUACGAAGUUCUGUCAGGGUCCCCUGCUAAGUUGAACAAACUCUUGAUAUCCCGGAGUUUUCCUGGCAGAAAGGACACGCCGUAUAAAUUAAAGCAGUCGCGGCUGAGGACGAUUCUAAUGGAGGAUUUGAAGCCCAAAGAAGUCCAGGUUCAGGACAAAGGACUUGAGGUCCAUGUUGACGGUCUGUUCGACGUAAAUAUCGAGGACAAGGACCAGGAGACGGUGGAAGUCUCGAUAGCCUCGCAGGAUAUUUUCCAGCAGGAGGAGAUCAGUAUAAUUGACGUGGGUAAAAAGGACGACUCGGUGGUCGAGGAGUUCGCGACCCAGGACUCGACGAUUGAAAGAAUAAUCAACGGCACCAUCAGCGACAGGGUGAUAGGGGACGGUAACGUCAACGAGGCUCUGGAGGACACCGUCGACGUGCAAAAUAUCAGCAAUUUUACUGCUGACGAGAGUAUUUACAAGCCGGUGCGCACGAGCACGGUGGAGAAAAUAAACGCGAGCGACACUUUGCUGAUCACUGAUUCGCUGUUCGAGAGCCGGUCGCAGAGUCAGAGUUCGGAGAGCGAAUUUCAGGACCAGAGUCGGAGUCAAAUGGAAAUGACUGACCCGAUUUGUCCGACUUUGCUGGGCUGCAUGGAACCGAUCGACUCGAUUGUUGACAGUCUGGUCCAUCCGCUUUGGUCGAAAAAUUUGUCCAAGUUGCUGAGCUCGAGGAAUAUCAAUACCGUGGGUGAUUUGGCUGCGUUGAGUCACGACGAGUAUGAGAAGCUGCCGUUAAAGGGCACGGGGAGUCCGAAAGUUGAACAUGUCCGCAGAGUACUGACGGACUUUUCUAUGUCGCUGUCGAUGCCGAUGGAAAAAUCGACUGGGAAGUGUGACAGUGAAGAACUGAUGGAUGUUGAUGCUGAUGAAGCGCAGAAAAUUGAUAGGGUUGAGCUGAUUGAAGAUGUGGCGACGCCGGCUUAUGACCAGGAGGAUUUGAAUAUCACUGAAGUACUUACUGAUAAAAUUCGAGUUACGCAGGGGCAGGAGUUUGGCGGUGAGAAUCCGGACACGAGCAGUUCCAAUGGGUUCGGGUCGAUUAUUUUGGACAGCACGCUGUCGCCGCCCAAGAAAUCGUCGACGGGAAUCAACAGUGGGCUGAUGAGGUCCGUUGACACGAGAGACGUUGGGGUUUCGACUGACCCGGUUGAUACUAAUAGCAAAUCUGUUGAUGUACAAAUGAAAUUAGAAGAUUUAUUAGAUGAAAUUGAUGUUAAUGUUGUGUUGGCUAGUGGAAUCAAACGGAGCUGUCCGGAGAAUAUUAUUAAAGCUUAUAAGGCAAAAAUGAUGAACAAAAACGACACGGACAUAGGACGUGAAACAAUGCGCUUACUAGGAAUGGAAACUUACGCAGACACCUGUUUAAAAAUAGCAUGUCGUGAUUACGGUGCCUCUAAAAUAAUCGGCCGCCUUCCCGGCAUAUUCAGUAACGACAAAGAAUUUUUUACCAAAGUCCUCAAUACCUAUCGCAUGAAACUGACCACCACCGACCUGCUGAACGUCUCCGACACCGACAACAUGAAGCAGGAGUUCUGUAAAAAAUUAACUUCCGCAGAACUCUGCGAGAUGCUGUCCCGCGUUUUAGCCGACGAGGAGAAAGAUGACGUAAAAACGCAAAUAAAUGACGAGACUUGUUUGAACUCUUUGUUAAAACGGAUGCCCGCCGAUUCGGUGAUCAGUCACACCGUCGCCAACGACGAACUGAUUCCGCCGCCGGUCGUUCUGGACAUCGCGCUGCAGAAUAACUCGCCUGAGGUGAUCGCCGCGGCUUUGGAUACCGACAGCAACAUCAACAAUAAUAUCAAAGAAGCGAUCAUCAAUAAAUAUCUAACGCCUGAUAAAUUAAUUACUUAUUUGAAUAACAAACAGACGGAAAUUUCAAAGCAGCAGUUUAUUGACAUCUACCGAUUUAUUUGUGAUAAAUUUUCAAUUGACGAAUUGCUUGACAUUAAUAAUGAUAUUAUUAAAGAUAAAUUUAAACAAUUGAAGUAAUUGAUUAAUUAAUUGAUUAAUGAUCACUUAUUUUAAUUACUUAUUAAUUACAGUCGAAUUUCAUUAACUCGGAGUCCAUUAAUUCGGAACUUCCGCUGUCGGCCAUUCGAUGGACCAUUCGUGUGAUGAGAGCGCAUGCGUCGAAUUUAAUUUUUGAAGAAGGGGCAGAGUUAACUCCGAAAUUCGGAGAAAUUUCUGGUCCGUAACAAAAUGUCCGAGUUAAUGGCAGCCGACUGCAAAUGAUUUUUUGAGCUCUCUCGCGUUUUUGGUCAGUAAUUUUUUUUCGUUUUAAAUAAAAGUUCAAAAAAUUAAUGAAUUAGUAAUUAGACUAGUAAUUAAUAUAAGUUGUAAAUACCACAUGUGUAUAAAUAAAAACUAUUUACAGUAAAAAACAAUAAAUUCUGAAAGGAGAGUAAUUAAUAUACUUUAGUUAUUGUACUUUUUAUUAUUAUUAUUAUUUGAUGUUACUAUUAAAUAUUAAUAUACAAGACUUUCAUUAAAUUGCACUGUAAUAUUUUAUGUA